AGCUACGUAUUAUUCGUCUACUACGAAUAAAACUCCAAGGUUAAAAAUAAUCUGUGUAGUGUAGCUACGUGUAUUUGUUUACAAAAUUGUUGAGUCCGAGUCCAUUAACUAGAUAUACCAUAUUGUACCUAUUUGUGUAACAAAAAAAUUGUUUGGGAAAUUCAAAAUGUCCAGUCCAAAAACAGACAACGAAUUGAAAGGGGGACACCCACCAGCAGUUAAAGCAGGCGGUAUGAGAAUAACUCAACAUAAAACCCGUAAAGAUUCUGGUGGUUUAACAGAAGAUGUAACUGGACUUACUGUUUCGGGCAGCCCACCAAAAACUACUACUAUAUCAGGUGCAGUGCCAAAAGGCAAUGCUGAUUUUCCAGCAGAAGCUGUACAGAGUUUUCAUAAGGACAAACCUCCAGUAAACCAUCCUAUUAAACCACAGAUUCAUAUUCAACAGCCAAGAAAAUAGUCGUCUCAUUUUUUAUGUUACUCUGGAAUAGUUAAUAGGUGGACUAUGCGAUACAUUUUUCUUAACAAAUUGAAUUCAUAUUUUUUUAACCUUCAUACUUUUAGUCUGUUAAAAAAGAAACAUACAGAACUUCAUAUACAUUGGCUCUCAAAACAUGUAUUCUUUUAGUAUUUUAAAUAUUUGAUGUUUAUCAAGGGAAAAAUUUUAGAAUUUUAAAGUUACAAAUUCAAUUAUUUUUAGUAAAUUUUAAGCACAAAAAAAAUUGGGUGGUAAGAAUGUAAAAGAAUGAGCACUAUAUUUUAAUUGAUCAAAUAUGUGAAUUUUAAAAUAAACAUUACAACUAGCAAAAAUGUUUGCUUUAUAUAAAUGUUUAAAAAAAAUUUUUGUAUAUAAUCUAAUAUUUUCCCCUUGAAAUAAUGUUAUUUUUUUAUAGUUCUAUUCUUGUUAACCAUUCCUUAUAUAGGCUGUAGGUGUUGCAUUUUAAAAAAUGAGCUUUUUAGGCUUCAAAAAUAAUUAUUAUAAGUGGUGAUUGAGAUUUAAAUAAGAAAAACUAUA